AUGGUAAUUGAAACCACGGGUACUUGGGCGCCGGAGGCGGCCCAAGCCUUAGCUCACAUCAGCAGCGCCUUUGGCUUUGGCUACCUCACUGACCCCUUCCUCGCUUUGGACUCCUUCGAGGGCAUGCCUGGGGGAGGUGGAUACGGAGGUGGACAGCCUAAGGCCGCUUCGGCCGCCAACGCUACUGCUGCGCAAGGUGAUCAAGCUCAGACCAAUGGAGGUACAGCUCCACAAGGGCAAGGUGGCUUCGAAAGAGGCUUAGACUCCGGCCUUGCUAAGGCUGCACCGUCCGCACAGGGCUUGACACAGAAAACAUAUCGAGCUUAUAGAAGGCGAUUGGACUUGUUCAGCAGACAAUGCAGCAGAAGGGGCAACACUGUCUCUGUUGAAGGUGCUUACCUGGUGCUCAGCCAACUUCAAGAUGUAGCUUGGGAUGCUACUGAAAGCAUCGAGCUGGAUGACAUCGAAUUGGCUGACAACCCCUUCGAGCCCAUUGUCAAGGUCUUGGAUGCGCUUUUUCAACAUGAAGAAGAAGUUGAAUUACCAGAGCGCUCCCAGGAAUUUUUCGAACAAUUCCAGCGAGAACGACAAAAGGAGCUUCAGCAAUAUCUUGUCCGGCAUCAGACGAUGCUCAAGAAGUUGAAGGAUUUGCAAGUAGAUGUCCCUCCACUACUUGCUGGCUGGCAUCUCUUGAUGCGCGCUGGCAUUCCGAGAUGGACACACCCACAAGUGAAGUCUAUGUGCAACGGAAAGCUCACCACGGAGAAGGUGGCUCGCGCAUUGACCCAGAUGUUUGGAGGUAACAGCAAACCCAACUCCAAAGACACCACGUUCAAACACGAGGUGCACAUGGUCGACGUCGAUGGUAAGUACGACGAUGAGGUCUAUAACGAAUACUACUAUGAGGAUAACGAGAUCUUCUACACCAACGACUAUGAGGAGGACUACAUGGACGAUGCCUACUACGCUGACAACAACAACAUCGUCAGUGACGAGGAGAUCCCCGCCGAAUUGGAUGAGGCGACAUUGGUGGUUGAAGAUGCCUACAUCAACUACCUGGACAGCAGGAAGAAGAUGAGGGAGUUGGCCCUCGCCAGAGGAUUCUACCCUGUGGUUGCGCUGGACAUGGGCGAUGGCAACUACAAGGGCUCUGGAAAAUCCUAUGGGAAAGGUCGCAAUAACCAUGGUGGGCGAUCGAAAGGAAAGUCAAAAGGAAAAGGAGGAGGCAAGAGCAAAGGGAAAGGCAGUGGUUCCAAAGGAUCACAUCCCCUGCCUGGUGCCAAACGAUUUGUCUUUGGCCGCAGAUCGAACUCUGAAUCGGGAUUAACGGUUUCAACGACGGCAAGGUCUACUACCAGUGGUAGCACUGCACAACAUGGUCCACGAUUCAAGAGGUAUCGCUUGCCAGCCUCAGGAAUCAAAGAGGUUCCUGACGAUGCCAACAUGGUUGAGGAUAGAUCCACAGAGGUGACAUACGUCCCUGGCGAGUUCCAUCAAUAUGAGGAGAUCAACAUCACCUCACAAGAGGUUGGAUGGACCAUCAUGGACAGUGGUGUAACAAGAACUGUCUGUGGAGAGGCCACAUGGGACAAGAUCGCCGGCUACCUCAACAUGAGAGGCAUGGAGGCUGAGAUCAACAGAGAUCCUCGCGAUUUCCGGUUUGGAGAUGGCGUCACAGUGAGGUCUCACUUCAGUGCCAACACCCCAGUUUGUGUGGAAAGAACCUGGCGACAGUUGACAAUUCAUGUUUUGCCGGGACACACACCCCUUCUUUUGGCCAGGCCUGACUUGGAAGCCUGGAAUGUCAUGGUCAACUAUGGCAAGAAAUUGGUCUACGUGGAUGGCGCUGAGAUUCGACCUGUUUUCACUGCGAACGGCCACUACAUGAUCAACAUCUUCGACGACUUGCAGGACAUCCUCAAUGUCGACGACUUGAAUGUCAAGAACAUCAACUCGGCUGAUGACGAGGUUUUCCUCGACACCAUCAUGACUGAUGACAUCUCUGACGAGGAGAUGGAUCUUGAGGUCGACGUGGAUGAAGAGACCAUCGAGGAGGUGAUCUACCGGGUGGUCGACAAGAGCAAGAUUUCUCAAAGGGUUCUCAAGUUCUGGGAGGUCUACAUCGACGAGGGCAACUUGGGCAAGUAUCUUCAGGCCAAAUACCCUGAUGUGGAAGUGCGACAGUUUUCACUUCCCCAAUGGAAUUUCGAGAUGCACGAAGCUCAGAGAGACUUCCGCAAGUUGGUCGCUGAAGAGAAGCCACACCAUGUGAUGGUGGCACCUGAGUGCCGACUUUGGUCUCCAAUGCAGAACAUGAACUACCGAACCCCAGAGUGUCGAGCAUUUCUGGCCGACAUGAGAAACCUUGAAGAAAGCACUCACUUGCAGUUCUACUAA